GCUGGCGGCCUUCCUGGCGGGCGCCGCGGUGGGCUGGUUUAUUAAGCCUCUCAAAGAAACAACCACGUCAUCUCGCGAACAUCAAAGCAUGCAGCAGAAACUGUUAUCUGAAAUGAAAGCUGAAAACAUUAGAUCAUUUCUUCGUUCUUUUACAAAACUACCCCAUCUGGCAGGAACAGAACAAAAUUUACUGCUUGCCAAGAAAAUCCAAAAACAAUGGAAGAACUUUGGACUAGAUUCAGCCAACUUGGUUCAUUAUGAUGUUCUCCUGUCUUACCCAAAUGAAACAAAUGCCAAUUAUGUAUCCAUUGUGGAUGAACAAGGAGCUGAGAUUUUCAAAACAUCAUACCUUGAGCCACCACCAGAUGGAUAUGAGAAUGUUACAAAUAUUGUACCACCAUAUAAUGCUUUCUCAGCCCUUGGCAUGCCAGAGGGAGAGCUUGUUUAUGUGAACUAUGCUCGUACUGAAGACUUUUUCAAACUGGAAAGGGAGAUGCACAUCAACUGCACUGGGAAGAUUGUUAUUGCAAGAUAUGGGAAGAUCUUCAGAGGCAAUAAGGUUAAAAAUGCCAUGCUAGCAGGAGCUGUGGGCAUCAUCUUAUACUCAGAUCCAGCUGACUACUUUGCCCCUGAGGUACAGCCAUAUCCUAAAGGGUGGAACCUUCCCGGAGCUGCUGUCCAGAGGGGAAAUGUGUUAAAUCUGAAUGGCGCAGGUGACCCACUCACUCCAGGCUAUCCUGCUAAAGAGUACACCUUCAGACUUAGUAUUGAAGAAGGAGUGGGGAUUCCCAGCAUACCUGUGCACCCUAUUGGAUACAGUAAUGCAGAAGUCUUAUUACGACACUUGGGAGGAACUGCGGCACCAGACAAAAGCUGGAUAGGAGCCCUUAAUGUUAGUUACAAUAUCGGACCUGGAUUUAUAGAAAGUGAAUCUUCCAGGAAAGUUAGAAUGCAUGUCCAUAACACCAAUCAAAUCACCAGGAUUUACAAUGUAAUUGGAACUAUCAGAGGAUCUGUGGAACCUGACAGGUAUGUCAUUCUGGGAGGUCACCGAGACUCCUGGGUUUUUGGAGGUAUUGAUCCCACCACUGGAACUGCAGUUUUGCAAGAAAUUGCCCAGAGUUUUGGAAAACUAAAAAGUGGAGGCUGGAGACCCAGGAGAACUAUUAUCUUUGCCAGCUGGGAUGCAGAGGAGUUUGGACUUCUGGGUUCCACAGAAUGGGCUGAGGAGAAUGUGAAAAUCCUCCAGGAGAGAAGUAUUGCUUAUAUCAACUCAGACUCAUCUAUAGAAGGCAAUUACACUCUCCGAGUUGACUGUACUCCUCUCCUUCACCAGUUGGUGUAUAGACUGGCAAGAGAGAUCGCCAGCCCUGAUGAAGGUUUUGAGAGUAAAUCACUUUAUGAAAGCUGGUUGGAAAAAGACCCUUCACCUGAAAAUAAAGAUUGCCCAAGAAUCAAUAAGCUGGGAUCUGGAAGUGAUUUUGAGGCCUAUUUUCAGAGACUUGGAAUUGCUUCAGGAAGAGUGCGCUAUACUAAGAAUAGGAAAACAGAUAAAUAUAGCAGCUAUCCUGUAUACCACACCAUUUAUGAGACAUUUGAAUUAGUAGAGAAUUUUUAUGAUCCCACAUUUAAGAAGCAGCUUUCUGUGGCUCAGUUACGAGGAGCAUUGGUAUAUCAGCUUGCAGACUCUACAGUCAUUCCUUUCAAUAUUCAAGACUAUGCAAUGGCUUUGAAAAACUAUGCAACAAGUAUCUCCAGUGUAUCCAAGAAACAUGGUCAACAACUGACAGACUAUGGAGUAUCAUUUGAUUCCUUAUUUUCUGCUGUGAAAAACUUCUCAGAGGCUGCUUCAGAUUUUCACAGAAGACUUACACAGGUUGAUCUGAAUGAUCCUAUGGCAGUGAGAAUUAUGAAUGACCAACUGAUGCUCUUGGAAAGGGCAUUCAUAGAUCCCCUUGGCUUACCUGGGAGGCAGUUCUACCGGCACAUCAUCUUUGCUCCAAGUAGCCACAACAAAUAUGCUGGAGAAUCAUUCCCUGGGAUUUAUGAUGCCAUGUUUGACAUUGAAAAUAGACCAGACCCUCACUUGGCCUGGGCAGAAGUGAAGAAACAUAUUUCUGUUGCAGCAUUUACAAUUCAUGCAGCAGCGGAGACACUGCAGGAUGUGUUCUAGAAGGUAUGAGUGAAGUGGCUUCACUAUUAAAGAUGCUGCAGAAAGACCAAGGGUGAAAUUUCUCUUCUCUUUGAUGGUUCAUAAAGCCAGUAUAUUCUAAAAAUCUUGAGUUUUUUUUAUGGUUGAUUAUUCCACCUUGUUUUUUGGCAAACCUUUUUUCUCUUGCAUGCAUGUUCAGGAAAAGUGAAACUGAAGACAAUGAAAAUGCCCAUAUGUCCAUCAACAGAUGAAUGGAUGAUUGCGGCACAUUCACAAUGGGAUUCUGCUAAAAAUAGAAGGACUGCCAACACAUCCACCAUUACUGGCAGAUGAUGCUGAGAUAUACAAGAGUACUUAGGGAAAAACUGUUCUACAAUGUUCACAAUCAGAUAGGAAAAUUUCUGUGAUAAAUGGCUCUUAACUUGAACAUGAGUUACACAAAUGUAUAUAUUUACCAAGUAUCACCAAAUUGUUAUCUAAAUGUGUAUGUAUUAUUGAAAAUUGUGCUAUAAUAGUUUUAAUCACAAGGGGGAGAUAAACAACAAAAAAUAAAGGUUGGAAAAGAAAAUAGGAAUCACAUAUCUUCUCUUAUAAAAUGACUACAGAGUACAAAUUGUCAGAAAGUCAAUCUGUGAACUUUGGUAACUUCAGCUGUACUGAAUGAGCAGGCUGGUUAGGUGAGAAACAACUGC